CUUCCUAACGUUGCGCUUAAAAAUCAACUUUUGUCUGCGUCCCGGACGCGUCUGUGAGGAUGCCAGGGUUGAUCAUUUUUCAAGGGAUUGAACAUUUCACUCAUUAAACAACCUUUGCGGGAUUUCCUUUCCUCCCCUUUUCUUUUUGUCAAACUGGAUCAUCAUGUUGCGGGUUUUGGUUGAAUCAGCUACAGGUCUCCCCAAAAAGACGGUUGGAACUCCUGAUCCUUUUGCGACUGUAGUGUUUAAAGAUGAAAAGAAAAAAACAAAAACUAUUGAUAAUGAGGUGAAUCCAGUAUGGAAUGAGGUCCUUGAGUUUAACCUGAAUGGAUCCGCAUUAGAACCCAACUCCCAUCUUGAUUUGAUUGUGAAAGACUCUGAGACCUUUGGAAAAGAUAAAUUCAUCGGGUCAACGAGAAUUCCUUUGAGAGACCUUGCCUCCGGUCAACUUCGAUCCCUUCCGGUUAAAAAUGUGCAUUUGCUUGAUGAGAAUGGCCACAACAUUGGUGCGACGAUGAACCUCGUCGUCGGCUAUGACCCGCCACCCAAUGCCAACCCAAAUCCAGACGAAUCCCACGAUGGCGAUUCCACCGUGGAUUCCGGUGGUGGAGAGCAAGGCGAGGAGACGGCACCUGAUGGUACCCCGAGCGGUUCCGCCACCAGCCCAUCUGCUCCCGGGCUGUCGUCGAGCCUCCGAAGGCGAAUUACGAAGUCACAGAACCGACACCGGCUCAUCAACAAACCUCAGGACUUCCAGAUCCGCAUCCGUAUCAUCGAAGCCCGUCAGUUGCCAGGCAACAACAUCAAGCCGGUGGUUAAGGUUCAGGUGUGCGGACAGACACACAGGACGAGGAUCAAGCGAGGGAACAACCCCUUCUUUGACGAGAUGUUUUUUUAUAACGUCCACAUGCUUCCAUCAGACCUGUUUGAACAGAACAUCAGUUUUCGGGUUUAUAAUUCCUACUCUCUGCGGGCUGACAGUCUCAUGGGAGAAUUUAAGCUUGACGUUGGCUAUGUUUACGAUGAAGCAGGCCACUGCGUCAUGAGGAAGUGGCUACUUCUGAAUGAUCCAGAUGAUUCCAACUCUGGAGCUAAAGGAUACUUGAAAGUCAGCCUUUUUGUGGUCGGGAUUGGCGACGAGCAACCGUCUGAGAAGAGAGAAGCGAAUGACGACCAAGACGACAUCGAAAGCAACCUGCUGCUUCCGGCUGGCGUCACUCUCCGAUGGGCCACCUUGUCACUCAAAGUGUUUCGGGCGGAGGACAUCCCUCAAAUGGAUGAUGCCUUCAUCCAGUCACUGAAGGGGAUUUUUGGAGGAAAUGAAAAUAAGAAGAACCUGGUGGAUCCCUUCAUCGAGGCUCGUUUUGCGGGCAAAAAGCUCUGUACUCAAAUUAUAGAAAGAAAUGCAAACCCAGAGUGGAACCAAGUGUUGAAUCUUCAAGUCAAGUUCCCUUCCAUGUGCGAGCGCGUGAAACUGACAGUGUUUGAUUGGGAUCGCGUGACUGGGAACGAUGCUGUCGGCACCACAUACCUCAACCUGGCCAAAAUAGCCUCCUCCGGGGGCGAAAUAGAAGAGGAACAUGCGGGAAAUAUGGAUUUGUCGUCAUAUGAAGCGGCAACAGGAGAAUCUGAGGUUGGUUUUCUCCCCGUCUUCGGUCCCUGCUACAUCAACCUCUACGGCAGCCCCAGAGAAUUCACCGGACUACCAGAUCCUUAUGAAGAUCUGAAUUUGGGAAAGGGUGAAGGAGUGGCCUACAGAGGCCGAGUCCUGGUGGGAAUGUCCACUAAAUUAGAAGGCAAAGUUGACAAAGCAAUAGACAGCAUCCCAAAUGAUGACAUCUUGGUAGUACAGAAGUACCAGAGGAGAAGGAAGUACUGUCUCUGUGCAGUCUUCCACAGUGCUUCCAUGAUCCAGGAACCAGGCGAGCCAAUUCAGUUUGAAGUCAGCAUCGGUAACUAUGGCAACAAAUUGGACAAUACCUGCAAACCGCUGGCCUCCACCACUCAGUAUAGCUGUGCAGUGUUUGAUGGUAACCACUACUAUUACCUACCAUGGGCGGGCACUAAACCGGUUGUUGUGGUCACCUCAUUCUGGGAGGACAUCAGCCACCGCAUGGACACCAUCAAUACCAUCCUCUACAUUUAUCGCCGCUUGCAAUCCAACCUGGGAGUCUUCAGAACGGCCGUUUCUGCUAAAGCACCCGAAAAUCAGUUAUCUGGUGUCUGGGUGAAGUUGCUGAGUCAGCUGAUUGAAGACCUAGAAACUUUCCCAACACCGGUUCUGGAGGGUCGCUCAAAUCUGACCUCCCUGGACAUCCAACUCAAGAAGCUGCGAGAUAGCGGCUUGAAAAGCAUCAAUCAAGCAGCCAGACGCAUGAGAGAAGAAGCUCAGGACAUUCCCGAAACUCUACCCGACAUCGAAUCGUGGGCGGAGAAACUCGCAGCGCUUGCCGAAGAGCCCCAAAACAGCAUGCCUGAUGUGAUCAUCUGGAUGCUCCGCGGUGAAAGGAGGGUGGCCUACAGCCGCAUCCCAGCUCAUAAAAUCCUCUUCUCCACAUACAGUGAGCAAGCUUGCGGGCAACACUGUGGCAAAACCCAGACUAUCAUUUUAAAGUACCCCAUGGACAAGAGCAAAGGCUUGAAGGUGCCCGUUCAGAUCCGAGUCAACAUGUGGCUGGGUUUGUCUGCGCACGAGAAGAAGUUCAACUCUUUCUCCGAGGGGACUUUCAGUGUGUUUGCAGAGCUGUACGAGAACCAAGCCAGUAUGUUUGGAAAGUGGGGAACCACAGGACUGGUGGGGCGCCAUAAAUUUUCUGACGUAACAGGCAACCUCAAGUUGAAGAAGGAGUACUUCAUGCCUCCCAGAGGAUGGGAGUGGGAGUCGGAUUGGUUGAUUGACCCGGAGAAAGCUCUCUUAACAGAGGCAGACGCAGGACACACUGAAUUCAUGGACGAGGUUUUCCAAAAUGAAACCCGCUUCCCCGGCCGGGAGUGGAAGGCGGCGUCUGAGCCUUUCACCGACGUGAAUGGCGAGAAGAGCCGUAAUCCGAGCGAGUUUGAAUGUCCUCCUGGUUGGGCGUGGGAGGACGAGUGGACAGUUGAUGACAACAGAGCCGUGGAUGAUCAAGGAUGGGAAUACGGCCUGACUAUUCCGCCAGAGGACAAGCCUCGAUCUUGGGUGCCGGCAGAGAAGGUGUACCACGUCCACCGUAGGCGACGGGUGGUUCGGCCUCGCAGAAGAGCCGCACUUCCCCCGGGCGCGUCCGCCGAGGUCAGCAUUUUGUCACACCGAUUUUUGGAAAAAUGGUUGCUCAACGUGCUACUUUCCCCACAGAGGCGAGACCAGGGCGAUCCAGAGGGUUGGGAAUUCUCUUCCCUGAUUGGCUGGAAGUUCCACAGGAAGGAACGAUCGUCGGAUACGUUUCGCCGGAGGCGCUGGAGGAGAAAGAUGGCGCCGGAAGACCGCUUGGGGGCGUCGGCCAUUUUCAAACUAGAGGGUGCACUGGGCGUUGAUACGGACGAGAAAGAGAAAAGCUCCGAAGGCGACGUCACCAAGAUGUUUGGUGCUAACACACCCACCGUGUCCUGCUCCUUAGAAAGGUCAAGCGUGUAUCACCUGCGUGUUUAUGUCUAUCAAGCAAGAAAUAUGACCUCUAUGGACAAAGACAGUUUUUCUGAUCCAUACGCCCACGUGUCCUUCCUGCAUCUAAGUAAGACGACAGAGAAGCUGCGUGCGACUUUAAACCCAACCUGGGACCAAACUCUCAUUUUCAACCAUGUGGAAAUUCACGGGGACCCAAAGGCUCUUGCGCAACAUCCCCCGGAUGUUGUCAUCGAGUUCUACGACCAUGACCAAGUGGGUAGGGAUGAGCUGCUAGGUCGAUGUAUUUGCGCUCCAUUGGUCAAGUUGAAUCCUAGUAUGGAUCAGGUGCCCAAACUGCUAUGGCACCCCAUCGUGCAGGGGGGGCGUGAGGAAGGGGAGGCACUGGUGGCGGCUGAACUUAUCCUCAAAGAUAAGUCAGGAGACUCAGAUCUUCCUCUUGUCCCCCCAAAGAGGGCGGAAAACCUCUACAUGGUUCCGCAGGGCAUCCGGCCUGUUGUGCAGCUCACUGCUGUGGAGAUUCUCGCAUGGGGUCUGAGGAACAUGAAGUCCUAUCAACUGGCCACAGUUUCUUCUCCCAGCCUGGUGGUGGAGUGCGGCGGGCAAAGAGUAGAAUCCACAGUCAUCAGGAACAUGAAGAAGAGCCCCAACUUCCCAAGCUCAGUCCUCUUCAUCAAAGUGCUUCUACCUAAGGAUGAGAUGUACACGCCUCCGAUUGUGCUGAAGGUGAUUGACCACCGUCCAUUCGGCAGAAAACCUGUGGUGGGCCAGUGCACCAUCACCUCGCUGGAGCAGUUUCGUUGCGACCCAUAUGUCAUCACGGCCGAGGGAGCCAUGGCGUCCAAAAUGGCUCUCAUGGCAGCGACUCCUUCCAGACAAAUCUCCAUCAAUAUGGAAGAAACUAGACUCCUAUUAGAAUCCCAGCACGUGGAAAAGGAAAAGCAGACGGUAGAUUGGUGGAGUAAAUUCUACGCUUCAGUGGGAGAGAAUGAGAAAUGUGGUCCUUAUCUCAAAAAAGGAUAUGACACCCUCACAGUGUACGACAAAGAACUAGAAGAUAUUUCCCAAUUCAAAGGGCUGACAGACUUCUGCAGGACUUUCAAACUGCAGCGAGGCAAAAACGAGGACGGCGAUGAUGAUCCGAGCGUGGUCGGGGAGUUCAAGGGCUCGUUUAAAGUAUACCCCCUGCCAGAUGACCCCGGUAUCACCCCUCCUCCCCGGCAGUUCCGAGAACUUCCAGAUAGCGGCCCUCAGGAGUGUCUGGUUAGGAUUUAUGUGGUCCGGGCUAUCAAUCUCCAGCCUAAAGACAAUAACGGCAGAUGUGACCCCUACAUGAAGAUCUCCCUGGGAAAGAACACACUAGAUGACCGAGACCAUUACCUCCCCAACACAACCAAUCCUGUGUUUGGAAGGAUGUUUGAGAUGAGCUGCUUCCUACCCCAAGAUAAGGAUUUGAAAAUCUGCGUCUACGACUACGACCUCCUGAGUCGUGACGAGAAAGUCGGGGAGACGGUGAUCGACCUGGAGAACCGUUUCCUGUCCCGUUACAACUCCUACUGCGGCCUGCCGCAAACCUACUGCACUUCUGGAAUCAACCAGUGGCGGGACCAGCUGAAGCCUUCUGAGAUCUUGGACAACCUCGCUCGUCUGAAAGGAUUUUCCAAACCGAGGAGUGAGGACAACGGCACUUCGCUCAGCUUCAACGGGAAAGAAUACACACUAGCUCACUUUGAGGGCAAAAAGGAGAUUCAUGAACACUUGGGUCCACCUUCUGAGCGUCUGUGUCUCCACACCCUACGAACGCAGGGACUUGUACCUGAGCAUGUGGAGACCAGGACUCUAUACAGCAGCUUCCAGCCAAACCUGUCUCAGGGAAGGCUUCAAAUGUGGGUCGACAUUUUCCCCAAGAGCAUGGGUCCACCCGGGCCGCCCUUUGACAUCACCCCGCGCAAAGCCAAGAAGCAUUUCCUGCGCGUGGUCAUUUGGAACACGACAGAUGUGACGCUGGAUGAGACGAGCGUCACCGGAGAGCACAUGAGCGACAUUUACGUCAAGGGAUGGAUGGCAGGGAUGGAGGAGGACAAGCAGAGGACGGACGUCCAUUACAGGUCUCUCGACGGGGACGGCAAUUUCAACUGGAGGUUUGUUUUUGAAUUCGACUACCUUCCCGCGGAACAACUCUGCCUCGUCUCCAAAAAGGAGCAUUUUUGGAGUUUGGAUAAAACUGAGUUCAGGAUUCCGCCCAAGCUGAGUAUUCAGAUAUGGGACAAUGACAAAUUCUCCCUGGAUGAUUAUCUUGGAACACUGGAGCUCUAUUUGCACAAUUUGAUUCCCCCUGCAAAGACGCCAGAAAAGUGUUCACUAUCCAUGAUGGAUGAGGUGGACGUAGACGUGCCGCACAAGCCUGAAGCUGCCAAGUGUCUGUUUACACAGAAGUCCGUGAGAGGCUGGUGGCCGUGUUCGAUUGAGCAAAAUGGGCUCAAGGCCCUGGGGGGCAAAGUCGAGAUGACUUUGGAAAUUGUGAGUGAGGCUGAUGUGGAUGAAAAACCGGCAGGAAAAGGCAGAGAUGAACCCAACAUGAACCCUAAACUGGACUUUCCCAAGCGCCCCGAAACUUCCUUCUUCUGGUUCACCAACCCAUGCAAGACCAUGAAGUUUAUUGUGUGGCGACGCUUCCGGUGUCUCUUCAUCGGACUCAUCAUUCUCACUAUCCUGCUCCUCUUCCUCGCCAUCCUGCUCUACUCUCUACCGAACUACAUCUCGAUGAAGAUAGUAAAGCCACUACAAUAAAGCGGAUGAGAUGCACUCGACCUGUAAAGGAGGACGAGAACGUCGAAAGGAUCAAAAUGCAGUGACGUUAAUUUUUUUUUUUAUAUAUAUAAAAGGUGUGAAUGGGAAGGGACACUUGCUUGUUUUGCACUCUUUCAAUAUUCAGCUACACACAUAAAGGUGAUUGACUUUUCCCCACAUUAACAGUGGCCUCACUCAAUUGGUUCAAUUAUUUAAAAAAAAAAAAAAAAUCAGUUCAAAUGUUUUAAAUUAGAAAUAUUUAAAAGAAUUAAAUUGAACAUCUGACAACAUUGUGCUACUACCUUAAUCUGCUACAAACAUAUUUUAUAUUACAUAUUACAUAUUGCAGCAAAUGUUAUUUUCUUUGUAUAACUGUUGUUGUAAAUAAACGAUUAAAUUGGA